CGGUCCCCUCAAUGGUGCCUCCUGGAUAGCUCAUGGUAUACGCGCCGCGAAACAUUGAGGAGGUUGAGCUUGUUUCUCAAAUCGCCCGAGCUGCGAUUUAGGGGACGACGGGUACGAAGCUGGGUUUAUCUGUCUCGUCGCGCCAUUCUGAAUUAUUAGCAGACAACGGCUAGUUGGGAAAGCGUCAUCGGAUGCGCCGCGCGCAGGGCUCGAGUAGACAAGGCGAGAUCUUAGCGCAGGAACUAAAGCCAGAUUAAAACUCAAAGAUAUAGAGUAGAAAUUAACGCGUCAUAUCAUUUCGCUUUCUCACGUAUGACGGAUUUAUGGCUCGGCCUCGGAGUUAAAGAAAAUGGCCGUCUUACGAGUAUAAGAACUCAACCAUCCACUGCCGUUUCCCAGACUAUUCAUCGCGCCAGUUUAUACUCUCACAGCCAUGCCUCCGUUCAUCACUCUCGAAGAACACUAUGCCUCGCCGAAAGUGCGCGAAGCCAGCGCUGAAGCUCGUGCGCAUUAUGCCAACUUUCCACCUGCUAUAAUGUCCAAGUUGGAGUCCCUGGGAGAAGACCGUAUCCAGGAUCUCGAUAAAGGAAACGUGUCGCUCCAAGUCAUUUCCCACGGUCCGGGGAAUUUAUCGCCCCUUCUCUGCUCCGAAGUAAACGAUGACCUGGCGUCUGCCAUUGCCAGAAAUCCCACUCGACUAGCGGGAUUCGCCAUGCUCCCGAUGAGCGAGCCAGCUGCUGCUGUCGCCGAACUCGAGCGCUGCGUGACGAAACUGGGCUUCGUUGGAGCUUUAGUGGACAACCACCUGGACGGGCAGUUCUACGAUGACGAACGCUUUUGGCCCAUCUUUGAAAAAGCGCAGGAAUUGGACGUUCCGAUUUACAUCCACCCGACUUUCGCGUCCGACUCCAUGAUGGAACAUUAUAAAGGGAACUACAGCGACUCGGUGGCGCUGGCGUUGAGCGCGUUCGGCUGGGCCUGGCACGCCGAGACCGGACAUCAUAUCCUGAGGCUAUUUGCCAGCGGUCUCUUUGAUCGCCUGCCCAGAUUGAAGAUUGUGAUCGGACACAUGGGUGAGCUGCUACCUUUCCAAUUGGAUCGGGUUUUUGCGAUCUCGGACCGAUGGGGCAGAGAAAGAAGUUUUCGAGAGGUCUGGAGGAACAAUAUCUGGAUCACGACCAGUGGCAUGUUCUCAUUGACGCCACUCGCUUGCCUUCUGCAAACGACGUCCAUUGAUCAUGUGUUGUAUAGCGUUGACUAUCCGUUUUCACCGAAUGAGAAAGGGUUGCGGUUUUUUGAGGAGAUUGAGGCGAGCGGCUUGAUCACUGGGGGGGACCUGGAGCUAUUCGCAUACCAAAAUGCGGAAGCGUUACUCAAUGUCAAGGCGAUCCAUGUCUGAAUUCCCCCUUUUUUCACUCACGGGUCUAUCGCGAAAGAGGUUGUUCAUACGUGACACUGUUACUCUACAUCAUCAG